AUGGCCGGGGCGGGGCCGGGGCCGCAAGUGGCGGCGACGGAGCCGCUGGAGGCGGCGACGGAGCCGCUGGAGGCGGCGACGGAGCCGCUGGAGGCGGCGACGGGGCCGCUGGCGGUGACGACGGGGCCGCUAGCGGCGGCGACGGGGCCGCUAGGGUUGGCGACGGGGCCGCUGGCGGCGGCGACGGGGCUGCUGGCAGCGGCGACGGGGCCGAUAGGAGCGGCGACGGGGCCGCUAGGGUCGGCGACAGGGCCGCUGGCGGCGGCGACGGGGCCGCUGGCGGCGGCAACGGGGCCAAUAGGAGCGGCGACGGGGCCGCUAGGCAACCCCUACUAG